GUUUGACUUAGCAUCCUAAACAGAAAAUAAUCAAGUCAAUAUGUACUCCAAGGUGUUUUGUUUGGCCGCUCUUAUCGCCGCUGUAGUGGCACAUGAGCACGGCCACGCCCCCGCUUACUCAUCUCAGCACAUCUCUCGCCAUGAUGGUAAACCUGAAAUAGUUCAUGUUGGACAUGGACACGAGGAUUUUCAGGCAUACCCCAAAUACGACUUUGCAUACAAAGUUGAGGACCACCACACCGGCGACAUCAAGUCCCAGCAUGAGAGCCGCGACGGUGAUGUCGUUAAGGGCUACUACGCCUUACACCAGCCCGAUGGCUCUGAAAGGGAGGUCCAUUACCAUGGCGACAAGCAUACCGGUUUCCACGCUGACGUGAAAUACGGUGUGCAUCACAUCAUUCUGUGUUUCGCUGCCUUCGCUACUGUUGCUGUAGCGCAUGCCCACGUAGCUUACUCAUCACAGCACAUUUCUCGUCACGACGGACAUCCUCACAUCGUACAUGUUCAUGGACACGGACAUGGUCACGGACACGGACAUGUUGAUUAUCAUGCUCACCCAAAGUACCAUUUCGAGUAUAAGGUAAAUGACAAACACACGGGCGACAUCAAGUCUCAACACGAGAGCCGCGAUGGUGAUGUUGUAAAGGGAUACUAUUCACUCCACCAACCAGACGGCUCUGUAAGGACUGUCCACUAUCAUGGCGACCAUCACACUGGAUUCCAUGCUGAUGUUAAAUACGCCGUUCAUCAUAUCAACCAUACCAAAUCAAUAAGCAAGAACAUGUUCAUAAAUGUUACUUUAAAUUCGCAGGUGUUGUGCUUCGCUGCCCUCGUUACGAUUGCCGUGGCUCAAUAUGGCCACGGUCAUGGAUCUGCUUAUUCGUCACAGCACAUCUCCCGUCACGACGGACAUCCUGAAAUCGUACAUGGUCAUGGUGGCUAUGAACAUGGUCACGGCCAUGGCCAUAUCGAUUACUAUGCCUAUCCCAAAUACGAAUUCGAAUACAAAGUAGAAGACCACCAUACCGGCGACAUCAAGUCUCAACACGAGAGCCGCGACGGUGAUAAUGUAAAGGGUUACUACGCUCUUCACCAACCCGAUGGUUCUGAAAGGGCAGUUCACUACCAUGGUGAUCACCACUCUGGCUUCCACGCCGAUGUCAAAUACGAUACGCACCAUCUCGUCCCGAAACAUCAUCAUUAAGCGUUGAGCAUUAUUUACGAUAAGCGUCCUGUGAUCUUUUAACAAUAUUUUUUGUAUUUUAUUGUAUAAAUGUUGUUAUUGAUAAUUUCUUCUUGAAUCUUGCUAAUUUAAUACUACUUUUGUUGCUGCGUUUGGUCCUUCCUUGUUGUUUCUGUUGUUACAAAGUGAUAUUGUAGGUAAAAUGAACAUGAUUGGACUCUGUAAAUAAAAUUCA